AUGGCGCGAGUGAACCUGGACGGACAAACGAUCCCGAUGCUGGCGAUCUGCAUGAUCGGCGGCGGCGGCUUCAUCGGAUCGCACAUCUGCGAGAAGCUGAUGGCAGAAACCAACCACAAGGCCAUCGUGGUGGACGUCUCCUCGGACAAAAUCAACCACCUCCUCGACAGGUCCCUCCCCUGGGCGCACCGCAUAGAGUUCCACCAACUCAACAUCAAGAGCGAUUCCCGCCUCGAAACCCUCAUCAAAGCCUCUGAUCUCACUAUCAAUCUUGCUGCAAUUUGCACGCCGGCGGAUUACAACACACGUCCUUUGGAUACCAUCUUCAGCAACUUCAUUGAUGCGAUUCCAGUGAUUAAGUAUUGCACUGAGAACAACAAACGUCUGAUCCAUUUCUCUACGUGUGAGGUUUACGGGAAGACUAUAGGUAGCUUUCUCCCAGAGGAAUUUCGAAAGGACCCCAAAUAUUUCAUCCUCAAGGAAGAUGAAAGUCCUUGUAUUUUUGGUCCAAUUGACAAACAGAGAUGGUCUUAUGCUUGUGCAAAGCAAAUGACUGACAGGCUAAUAUACGCUGAGCACGCGGAGAAUGGUCUCAAGUUCACCAUCGUGAGACCUUAUAACUGGAUUGGCCCAAGAAUGGACUUCAUUCCCGGUGUGGAUGGCCCAAGUGACGGGGUCCCCCGAGUCUUAGCUUGCUUCAGUAAUAGUCUCCUGCGUGGCGAGCCUCUCAAACUUGUUGAUGGUGGGAAAUCAAAGAGAACGUUUCUCUACAUCAAGGAUGCAAUUGACGCUGUUGCGUUAAUGAUUGACAACCCUGAGAGAGCAAAUGGGUAUAUAUUUAAUGUGGGAAACCCAGACAACGAAGUAUCUGUGAAAGAACUAGCUGAGCUUAUGAUAAAGGCUUAUGCAAAGGUGUCUGAUGUACCUGCCUCUAGUCUGUCAACUGUAAAUGUGACUUCAGAAGAUUUUUAUGGUAAAGGAUAUGAUGACAGUGAUAGGCGCAUCCCUGACAUGACAAUUAUCACCAGGCAGCUUGCUUGGAAACCAAGGACACCUCUUGAUAAACUGUUGGAUGUUACACUCCAAUAUCAACACCGGACAUAUUCUCGUGCCAUCGAGAGAGAAAUUUCAAAACCGUCAAAUUGA